AUGGUAACCAGGCCCGUGAUAUUUGUGUUGAUAGUUUUCAGUGCAUUGAUUGUAAUAUCCGACGCAGGACGUUUCGGUGGCGGUCGAAGUUCUUUUGGCGGAGGUAGUAGAAGCCGUGGUUCAAGUUCCAGUUCGAGCCGGGGCGGCUUCUUGAGUUUGUUUAGAUCCAAGCCAAAGAGCAGUUCGAGUGGAAGCUAUCAUCCCAGUUCAUCACAUAUAUCGUCUUCAAGCAAUCAUCAUUCGACGGGCACUUCGCACGGUAAUAUUGGAGGAUGGAACACAGGAACUAGUAGCUAUCCGAAGCAAACUUUUGGCACAUCUAACAGUGGCAGUCACAAUACAUAUAGCUCUGGCACAUCCGGUUCUGGUAGUCAUAGCACUCCAUUUGGCUCAAACUCUGGAUAUGGAUCGCACACGUAUACGGCCAAUAAACCUCCACCAUACACGCCCACGAAUCAACAUUACACACCGUCAACGCAACAUCAGACUCAUGCCACCAAUGCUAAUUCAUGGAAUACACUAUCAAAAACCGGAUCUAAACCUCCUUAUCCAACACAAAGUUUUCAUCAAGGUUCCAAUGUUCAUGCACCUAGCGCUCCCCAUGCACCAAGUGCACCUCAUUACCCAAGUGCACCUCAUUACCCAAGUGCACCUCAUUACCCAAGUGCUCCGCACGCACCAUCAGCGCCAGCUGCUUCAAACAUUGGAUGGAAAGUCACACCGAAUACGGGCACUAGCCACAGCUCAAUAGCUGGACAAACGGCUCAUCAAAACACACACUCUGGAUAUGGAACAUCGAGCCGUUCAAAUUCAGGAUGGACUCAGCCCAGUCAAACCGUGACGGCAAACAAAAAUUGGCAAACAGCAUCAUCACCUCAUGGAUCUACCAGCCAUGCGGAUUAUCCUCGGCAACAGUACCACCCAACGCAACAGAAUUCAUUUGGGUCGGCAUAUCAUCCGCAGCCAAAUCAGCCGCAUGUCGUCAACAAUUUCAUAACAAAUAAUCACCAAACACAUUUCGGCAGUCCGGGCGUUCCAACUUACUACAGCACUCCUCAUUUUGCUACUUAUCACAGCUAUCCAACCUACUAUACCCCAUUCCCAGGCUAUUCGCCGGUUAGUUCAUUCGGUCUUGGUUUGGCGUUAGGCAGUAGUUUGGGCCAUCAUCAUCACUACCACGAUUACUAUGACCGCCCAAGUACCUAUCAUUAUUAUCAUCAUCAUACCUACAGCGGCAACAGCAAUAACAAUAAUGGCGACGGCGGCGGUGGUGGAGGCGGAGGCAACGGCAAUGCCAACAAUUUUAAUAACAACAAUAAUGGAAAUAAUGGUAACGAUAAUGCCGCGAACGGAAACAUUCCUAACUCGAACAUUUACAAUUCGGGGCAGAAUGGAAAUUUGAACAGUGGAAAUGCGAAUAAUUUAAAUAAUAAUCCAAAUCAAAAUAUGCAAACCAAUCAAAAUGGUACGUUCAGUGAGCCAGUAUUUGGGCAAUCGACGGCACCGGUUGUGUAUAGCAUAUCGGGUCAAAGCAAAAGCGAUGAUGCCGAUUCAACGGAAAUUGUUUUUACAAAUCCGUAUUUAAUUGUUGGCGUUGAAAAUAUGCUGUUGUACGGUGAAUUUCAGGAUGAGCAAGAUAUCUUAAUUGUUAUUGAACAAGAUAGUGAUGGUCUUGAGCCGUAUCCAUGGAAUCGCUGGUAUCCAAUAGGAGAGACAAAUGCAACAAGUUCAACUGAUGAAACGACCAUUGCCGAUAAUGAUUCACAUGACAAGACAACUGAAAUCAAUACAACGACCAUCAAAACUGAUAUGGUGGUCACAUCGACAGCUCAGCCAACAAAUACAGAUAGCAUAACCGGAGUACCGUUGGCUCCACUACCAGCUGUGAAUUAGGGACACAUAUUAUUAACUUAAUUGAAUUGUCGUUGUAUGUUUUAGUCUUGUAAUUUUUCGCUUUUCUCGAUUCACCAAUACAUGCAUGGCUGGUUGUGUUUUUUUUUUGCACAAUCAAAUCUACAAUGGAACAACAUUAUCUUCUGUGUUGUUGUUGUUGUCGUUCAACGAAUUGAAAAAUAGUAUGCGAACCACGUUUGCAAGGAGAACGAAUAUACAUCAUUUGCAUUGAUUUGGUUGGUGUUAAAGUUUAUUUCGUUUGUUAUUAUUGAAUCAAAUUGACAAAAAUAAAAUGCAAUCACUUGCAAAAGAGAUUUCAA